CAUUAUUUAUCACCAGUCCACAACAUGAUCACACUGUGAAACAAAAGCAAAAGACACAUUAAUUCUCGGGGAGACUCCAAAAUCCAAUCCAACUCCAACACACAUACCAGAAAUUCCUUUCUGGGAAAACAAAACUACUUUGAUUGAAAAAGCUUUUUCAAGGUUUUCCCAGAAGAGAUUUAUUACCAGACAACACGUUCCACUCUCAUUGGAUCCCCCCAUUUCCACUUCUAUCUCAUUACUUUUAGCUUCCAUCACUGUUUUUCUCAGAAAAACAGAACCCCACAAACUAUAUUUUAACACUCUGUGAUUGGCCUGUGAGAUCUUCCACUUCUGCUUGUUCCUCUUCAUGCCAUUUGUGCAUGAUGGCAACAAAAACAAAUUCAGCCGAUGGUAGGACUAGGAGCUCUAUACAGAUUUUUAUUGUAGUUGGUUUGUGCUGUUUUUUCUAUAUACUGGGUGCAUGGCAGAGAAGCGGUUUUGGGAAGGGAGAUAGUAUUGCUAUGCAAAUCACUAAAGGUGAGGCAGAGUGCAAUAUAGUCUCGAAUUUAAAUUUUGAAUCGCAUCAUGGUGGUGAAGUUGUGGCAGUUGAUGAAUCUGAAUCAAAACCCAAAUCUUUUAAACCAUGUAAUCCUCGUUACACUGAUUACACACCCUGCCAAGAUCAGAAGCGUGCGAUGACUUUCCCAAGGGAAAAUAUGAUUUAUCGAGAGAGACAUUGUCCUCCUGAGGGAGAGAAGUUACAUUGCCUAAUCCCAGCACCCAAGGGAUAUGUUACUCCGUUCCCCUGGCCAAAGAGUCGUGACUAUGUACCCUAUGCAAAUGCACCAUAUAAGAGCUUGACAGUUGAGAAGGCUAUUCAGAACUGGAUUCAAUACGAGGGAAAUGUAUUCAGGUUCCCUGGUGGAGGAACACAGUUUCCUCAAGGUGCUGAUAAAUAUAUUGAUCAGCUUGCUUCAGUAAUACCGAUUAAAAAUGGGAUGGUUAGAACUGCACUUGAUACUGGUUGCGGGGUUGCCAGUUGGGGGGCAUACCUUAUGAGUAGAAAUGUUCUUGCCAUGUCAUUUGCACCAAGAGACUCACAUGAAGCACAGGUUCAAUUUGCUCUUGAAAGGGGUGUACCUGCUGUUAUAGGUGUCCUGGGUACUGUAAAGCUACCAUAUCCAUCUAGGGCCUUUGACAUGGCUCACUGUUCUCGUUGCUUAAUCCAAUGGGGGUCAAAUGAUGGAAUGUAUCUGAUGGAAGUUGACCGAGUUCUUAGACCUGGCGGUUACUGGGUUCUUUCGGGUCCUCCAAUCAAUUGGAGGAAUAACUACAAAGCAUGGCAACGUCCCAAGGAGGAACUUCAGGAGGAGCAAAUAAAGAUAGAAGAGAUUGCUAAGCUUCUUUGCUGGGAGAAGAUGUCUGAGAAGGGUGAAAUUGCCAUUUGGAGAAAGAGAGUAAAUGCUGAUUCAUGCCGUGGCAGAAAGGCUACAUUUUGCAACUCAGUUGAAGCAGAUGAUGUCUGGUAUAAGAAAAUGGAGGCAUGUGUAACUCCAUAUCCUGAUGCUGGAAGUUCAGAUGAAGUUGCUGGUGGUGAACUGAAGGCAUUUCCAGAAAGGCUUUAUUCAGUCCCUCCUAGAGUUGCUAGUGGAUCUAUUCCUGGAGUUUCUGUUGAGACAUACCAGGAGGACAACAGUAAAUGGAAGAAGCAUGUGAAUGCUUAUAAGAAAGUCAAUAAAAUUAUUGACUCAGGAAGGUAUCGCAACAUUAUGGAUAUGAAUGCUGGUCUGGGAGGUUUUGCUGCAGCUCUUGAAUCUUCCAAAUUGUGGGUCAUGAAUGUUGUGCCCACUAUAGCUGAGAAAAAUACACUGGGAGUCAUAUAUGAGCGAGGAUUGAUUGGCAUCUAUCAUGACUGGUGUGAAGGUUUCUCCACAUACCCAAGGACAUACGAUCUCAUUCAUGCACAUGGUGUUUUCAGUUUGUACAAGGACAAAUGUGAUGCGGAGGAUAUUCUCCUGGAGAUGGACAGGAUUUUGCGACCUGAAGGAGCAGUCAUAUUCCGUGACGAAGUUGAUGUGCUAAUCAAGGUGAAGAAGAUAGUCAGCGGGAUGAGGUGGGAUACUAAAAUGGUGGACCAUGAGGAUGGUCCCCUUGUUCCUGAGAAGAUAUUGGUUGCUGUGAAGCAGUAUUGGGUUGCAGGUGGAAACUCCACAUCUACACAUUGAGUUCUGAAGAGGAAAAUGUUGAAGUUGAACCAUGACAUGGGUUAGGCUGGCAACGCUUUUUGUUAUACUAGUCCUUAAAAAUUUGUUUAUUUCACAAUGUGCACUUCCACUGCAUGAGUACUUAAGCGUAGGGAAAGGGCUACAGGACUCCUGUUCAACUAACCUUUACUUGGCCCAAUGUUUUUUUUUUUUUUUUGGUAGUAAUUUAUAAACAGACAAGCUACAAAGCUAUGCUUGUAAGGUUUAUGGCUUUGGGGCAUUAUUCAUUUUUUGGCAUCCA